GCGUCGACCAUCCCAAGGGCCAGCGUUGCCGCCUGCGUCUGCGCCUGCGCGGCUCCAUCUGCUUCCACGAACCGGCCUGGGCCUGGUCCCCAAACCAUUAUGCGUUUUACCCUUACCCGCUCAUAUAUACGCGCCUUUACCACCGUUACCCGUCUCGCAUUGCUCUGCUCUGCUCUGCUCCCCGCCCACCAACGCCACAGGAUUUCGGGAGUGCCGUACCAGUUGGAGUGCCACUGCGUAGUGCGUAGUGCUCUGACUUUGAUGCGCUUAGCCACAGCCGGACAUGGCCUCCGCCGUCGCGAGUAACCUCCCUGCCGCCGCACCCCCCGCCGUUUCUUAUGGCUGGCUCAGUCCGCGCGUCUCGUUCAGCCGUGAUGCGGCGGCUGAGGAGUCAGUUAUGCCGUCUCCGGUUGUGGGCGCUGUGGCGGUGACCACGGUCACGCCGGAGCCCGCGAUCUCGAAGGACUUUAUUGACUUCGAGUUCAGUCUUGGUGGCUCCGCCACUAUGCUCCCGGCGGACGAGCUGUUCGCUGAUGGGAAGCUCCUGCCGUUGAGAAAGGCGGAGCCUUUGCCGGAUCCGGAGGCCGCGGCGCCCCCGCCGGCGCAGUCGGAGACAAUGCUAGCUCCGACGGAGCCGAUUAAACCCCUCCGCGCCUCCGCGGUCGCCGCGGCCGAUGGCGCCGACCCCUACGUGUUCUCGCCGAAGGCACCCAGCUGCUCGAGCCGGUGGCGCGAGCUGCUUGGGCUCAAGAGAGCGGCCGCGCAGAGCCCGAGCACGAAGCCCUCGCCGUCACCAGCGGCAGCGAAGACCCCCGCGAGGGCGACGAACUCGGCGGCGGCGAGGUCCCUCAAACUCCUCCUCCAGCGGAGCAAUGGUCGCGCAUCGGGCGCCGCGGUGUCGGACCUCGCCUCGGCGCCGCUCCUCCGCGACAGCUCCGACUCGGAGGCGUCGCUGUCCCUCGCCUCCUCCCGCUUCUCGCUGUCCUCCUCAUCGUCCUCCUCCGGCCACGACCACGACGACAUCCCCCGCCUCUCCCUCGACUCCGCCGACCCCAACCCUCCCCGCAUCCGCCUCGUCUGCUCCACCCACCAACGCCACUCCACCCGCGCCGGCUGCAGCCCCUCGCCCCCACCGCCCCCACGCUGCCUCUCCGUGGACUCCCCGCGCAUGAACUCGUCCGGCAAGAUCGUGUUCCAGGGCCUGGAACGCAGCUCCAGCUCCCCGUGCAGCUUACACGCCGCGUCCAAGUCCCGGUCCCGCGCGGUGGACCGGUCCUACUCUUCCGGCGUCCGCGUGGCACCGGUGGUGCUCAACGUGCCUGUGUGCUCGCGACCGGUGUUCGGGUUCUUCAAGGACAAAAAGGAGUCCAUCACAGCGAAGGACUCCACAGCGGCGGCGAGGUCCCGGUCGUCGCUGGGGCGGAAGGCGCCACCGCAAGGGUGGAGCGGCGAGCUGCCGAGAUCCUCCGGCUAAUUUGACUCUGUUUGACCGGGACCUUGUUUGUCUCGUUUGCAAAAGGGUUGUCAUUAUCAGAGGAUAGCUUGGUUUUAACUGAUUUUUGUUUGUUCUUUGAAGAUGCUGAGAAGGUCUAAUCAAUUAACUGUUCUUCCUUUUUUU